AUGGCUGGCAAUUCACUGAAAGAAAUGAAUACUACGUGUGGUAAAUUCGAGAAAUUUCAGGGCCAAGAUUUCAGAUGUUGGCAAAAGAAGAUGCACUUCUCGUUGACCACUUUGAAGGUUGUGUAUGUUCUAUCUACUCCAAAACCAGAAGGGGUUGAAGAUGCAAUUCUGGAACACAUCAGAAGUAGAAGCAAAUGGGAGAAUGACAACUACAUCUGCCUUGGUCACAUUCUGAAUGGUAUGUGUGAUUCCCUCUUUAACACUCAUCAAAAUAUUGAAAAUGCAAGUGAAUUAUGGAACACACUUGAAGCAAAAUAUAUUGCAGAAGAUGCUUCAAGUAAAAAGUUCAUUGUUUCUGAUUUCAACAAUUAUAAGAUGGUUGAUUCUCAAUCUGUAAUGGAACAAUAUAAUGAAAUCCUACGAAUUUAUGGUCAAUUCAAACAACUCAACAUGUAUAUGGAUGAAUCCUUUGCUGUUUCAAGUGUGAUUGAUAAACUUCCACCCUCAUGGAAAGAUUUCAAGCACCAUCUGAAACAUAGAAAGGAAGAGAUAAGUUUGAUUCAACUUGGGAGUCAUUUGAAAAUCGAAGAAGGACUUCGUGAUCAAGAUAAUGAUAAAGGAACUGGAAAGGGAGAAUCUGAAUUUGGACAACCCCAAGUUCAUAUGGUUGAUUGUGAUAAAGAAGACAAUUCUAAUAACAAGGGCAAGGGUAAAAAACGUAAGUAUGAAGGUAACAAAAAAAAGUCCAAAAAAAAACACAAGGAUUCCAAGGAACUUGUGUGUUGGAGAUGCCAUCUGAAAGGGCAUAUGAAACGUGACUGUCGGGUGAAACUUGGAAACAAAGGUGCAAGUGGUAGUGGAAAAGAUGCUGGUGGUGGCAGUGGAUCUCAUGAUCAAUCUGCAACCAAAGGGGGUUGAUACAGAUUCAUGGUGGCUUGAUACUUGUUCUACACAUCACGUGUGUAAUGAUGAACGGUGGUUCACGAAGUUGAACCUAGUAAAUAAAGGUUCUGUCUUACACGUGGCGGAUGAAGGAUCAAAGCCAAUUUUAGGAACUGGUGUUGUUAGUAUUACGUUUACUUCUAGAAAAACAAUUAGUUUCUUUGAUGUAUUGUAUGUACCAAAGGUUCGAAAGAACCUUGUGUCUAGUGGUUUGUUGAAUUGUAUGGGUUAUAAACAAGUUAUCGAGUCAAACAAGUAUGUGUUGUCUAAGUGUGGAAUAUUUGUGGGAUUUGGUUAUUAUUGUGAUCGUGUUUUUAAGUUAAAUAUUAUAAGUUGUGCAUCACAUGUCAAAUCUA